GCAGCAUUUGAAUAGGUAAGAUGGCGGCUGCGGCAGUGGUUGAGUUUCAGAGAGCUCAGUCUCUUAUUAGCACGGAUCGUAACGCCUCUAUUGAUAUUCUACAUUCUAUUGUGAGGAGAAAUAUCCAGGACAGUGAUGAAGAAUCCGUUCGGGUUAAAGAACAGAGCAUCCUGGAGCUGGGGUCACUCCUGGCCAAAACAGGACAGGCUGCAGAGUUGGGGGGUCUGCUGAAGUUUGUGCGGCCGUUCCUCAUCUCCAUCAGUAAGGCCAAGGCGGCCCGGCUGGUCCGCUCCCUGCUGGACCUCUUCCUGGACAUGGAGGCAGCCACAGGCCAGGAGGUGGAUCUGUGUCUGGAAUGCAUUGAGUGGGCCAAGGUGGAGAAGAGGACCUUCCUCAGGCAGGCUCUGGAGGCCCGCCUGAUUUCACUCUAUUUUGACACCAAAAGAUACCAGGAGGCCUUGGCGCUUGGCACCCAGUUGCUCCAUGAGCUGAAGAAGAUGGACGACAAGGCGCUGCUGGUGGAGGUGCAGCUGCAGGAGAGCAAGACGUACCACGCGCUUAGUAACCUGCCCAAGGCCCGCGCUGCCCUCACCUCCGCCCGCACCACGGCCAAUGGAAUCUACUGUCCCCCCAAACUGCAGGCCGCCCUGGACAUGAUGUCAGGGAUCGUCCACGCGGCUUCGGAGAAGGACUGGAAGACUGCCUACUCCUACUUCUUUGAGGCCUUCGAGGGCUACGACUCCAUCGACCACCCUAAAGCCAUCACCGGUCUCAAAUACAUGCUGCUCUGCAAGAUCAUGCUCAGCCUACCAGAAGAGGUGCAGUCCCUGAUUAGCGGAAAACUGGCCCUGCGGCAUGCGGGCCGACAAACGGACGCACUGAAAUGCGUUGCACAAGCCAGCAAGAACAGAUCAUUAGCCGACUUUGAAAAGGCCCUUACGGAAUACAAAGCAGAGUUGAGGGACGACCCCAUCAUCAGAACCCACCUGGCCACGCUGUAUGACAACCUGCUGGAAGGGAACCUUAUCCGUGUCAUCGAACCCUUCUCCAGAGUACAGAUUGAACACAUAUCAGGUCUCAUCAAACUUUCAAAGGCGGAUGUCGAGAGGAAAUUGUCACAGAUGAUCCUGGACAAGAAGUUUCAUGGGAUCCUGGACCAAGGCGAGGGUGUCUUGAUCAUAUUUGACGAGCCACCUGUUGACAAGACUUAUGGCGCGGCCCUGGAAACUAUUCAGAACAUGAGCAAAGUMGUGGACUCGCUUUACAACAAAGCGAAGAAGCUAACAUAGAACAAAUGGCGAGACCACAGUGGCGGAUGUGUGUGUGAKCAGCGUGUGUAACAUUUUAAGAAAGGGACAAGGGAGAGUGACAAAACAACAAGUCCCACAACAAACUGCAACAAAAACAGGAUUCCCGGUUCCCCCUCAUGAAAGUUCCCCCUCAAUGGACAAUUUCAUAAUCUCUUCUCUUUCUCUUUUUUUUGUUUUUUUUGUUGUUCUUUUAGGAUUCUGUUAAAAUCUCAUCGGCCACAGCAGGCCAUCAGGGAAUAUUGUACAACCACAAUAAAAUAUUAAGAUAAAUAUACGUUUAUCUCCUGUAGAAUAAAGAUUGGGCUUAUAAAGCCUCCAGCUGACUCCGUUACCACCCACGAAGGUGCAAUAUCGACCACAAGCGAGCGCCACCAAUCCCGCUUCUUUUACAUGCAGGGACAAGGCUUUUGGUCAAGGCGGUCUCUUUUUUUCCCCCCUCUCUGUUCAUAUCUUUCUAAAGCACAUGGUUUUUAGCUAGUUGAAGGUAGGUUAGAAAAUAUUGGGAUAUCCCGGCAGUAACAUUUGGUCAAAGAGCUCCCUCUAGCUCUUGCUGUUCUCAUCAUAUCCAUGCCAACAGUCAGUCCAAUUCCCCUUCAUGACAUUUCAAAUGAUUGUCAACCUCACUUCAUUCAGAUUGCGUUUGUUUUGUAACUAAAAUAAAUUGGCUGACACUAUUUGUCCCCUUCUUAAUUAAGUACAUAGAGCAGAAUGGAUGCCAUUUCACAAUGCCAGUGGCCCCUUUUCGGUCCUCUGCCUCAACGUUUGGCUGCAACAUAAUUUAGGGGUGCAGAAAUUUGAGAUUUAUUGAUUUGCCUCUGAGCGUCUGUCUGAACCCAAGUGAACGAUUAUCCAUUGUUAUUGCCUAGCCCUAGUGUGGUAUGCUAGUAACCAAACAACAAUUGUUUCGUUUCAUUUGUCAUUUUCAAAAAUAAAUAUUUUGUAUUUUUAAGGAUUUUGUCUGCCUCUUGGAAAAAAUAUCACUGACCUUGGUCAAGUUCAAUUGGGCCAUUUUAGCCCUCUGAUGUGCUCUUGUGCUGAGGUAAUAGGGGUAGGAUGUUGGGUGCCCGUUGUUGGAUAACUGACUUCAGUUGAUUUAGAUUCCAGUGUAGAAAUUAAGGUCUAAUAGACCAAGGCCUUGGAAGUAAAUGUCUGCUGGGACUAGCAGCUUCAACUGGGUGGUGAAUAAUGAAUUCCUCCUAGUUGCUUACUGGGUAGGAAGGAGACUGUAAAAUUAAAGGGAAGAGAAGUGUAUGCAGUAGGAAGAAUCCCUGUCCAAUCAACUCUGGGAUUACCAUGUUGUGAACUGCAUUAGAGGGUUAUGAAUACUGUAUAGGAGAACUGAUGGCAUUCUGUAUUGUCUUUACUCCUGUUGGGCAAAUGUUCCUGUGUUGGAAAAUGGCCUCGUCCCAAAGGGCAUUAAAACGCAAUUUCAAUGACAGCUUUGGAUUGUUUUGUUUUUUUAGUUUUUUUUUACAGAUGUACAAUGUAAACAUUUUAUGAACCUGUUUGUGAAAUGAAACGUAGUCAUUGAGUUGAAAAGGGAAGGUUUUGGAUUCUGACAUGGUGUUUAUGCACUGGAUAAGACCAUGAUAUUCUGUUUUCGCUCAAGUCUUGGUUCAGACGGUUCAUCAUUACGUAGAGUUCAUGACUUCUGUUUCUUGUGCACCAGAGUUCUCCAAUAUUAAAGUGCCAUAAACUGCA